AAGGCGAUUUUCAUCAUACUUUUUAUGCUGAUGAGCUGCAUGUUUGCAAGUGGUUGUCGCAGUGAUAGUGAUUGCAGCUCCGAGUGUCAAGAGGGCCUUCAUCCACACUGUUCUAACUAUCAUCAUAAAUCAUCGUGCCAUUGUUAUGUAUGUACAGAAGAUAGCCACUGUCCUUGCAAAGAAGGAGAAACAGGCAAAUGUUUGAAGGAUGACGGCCACCAUCGAUAUUGCCAAUGUCAGGCCCCCAGCUGUUCAGUAAACCGUGAUUGUCAAUGUCAUGAAAACGGAAAACAUCCCUACUGCUCCGACCAUCUCCAUGUUUGUCAUUGUUACGACUGCACCAGAGACAGUCACUGCCAUUGCAAAGCAGGAGAAAGUGGGAGUUGUGAAAGAGACCGUAGUGAUCACCAUCUAUACUGCCAUUGUCACGCUACCACCUCAACUUCAACCACUACCACUUCGACCACUCCCAGUUCAACAACUACCAUUCUACCACCGGUGCAAUUAAAAUGUAGCAACCACAAAAUCAGUAUCAUCGAAUCCAUUGCUGAAAAUGUACAUGUCGAGGAUAACAGGGCAGCACUGUGUCCCAGCAAUAGUAAACACCAAUCAUCUGACGCCUACGUCAUCAACAAAUGUAACUCUACAGAAAGGGCUUCCUGGAUGCGGGGUCCGUCGGUGAAAUCAUCAUGUAAAUCAAUUCUACCAUACACACCUAUAUCUACUUUCUUUGACAAUAAAAUAAAUAUGGCGGGUUUUUUCAUCGACUGCACUGACACAGGAACUGAAUUAAAGAUUGCUGCCCAGACGUGUAGUGAACCUCCAAUGAUCUUUACCCUAGACGAAACAACCACUCCCCGUAUGUCGGAUUUCUAUACCAUACAGCAGUGGAAACCAUCUUAACAAAAUCUCAGUUGUAGUGAAAAAAUA